AACACAACAGCAGGUCGCGACGUCCCUGUCAACUCCAGGAGGAACUGCCAGGAUCUGCGAUCAGGAGCGGGGAGGAGCGACAUCGAGCUGUAUCGAAUCAUUCCGACGUUUGUUCUCAAUUUAUCCGCCGAAAGGCGACAAGUGGCACUUUGGGAGUCAGAGGGGGAAAGGAUUUGUGGACUGUAUUAAAGCGACUGAGGCUUUCAGUUUCCCAAGUUGGUCCGCGCUCACCUUAUCAUGGCUUCAACGACUUGCACAAGGUUUACCGAUGAGUACCAGCUGUACGAGGAACUGGGAAAGGGUGCUUUCUCUGUGGUGAGACGGUGCAUGAAGAUUUCCACAGGGCAGGAAUACGCUGCCAAAAUAAUCAAUACCAAGAAGUUGUCUGCCAGGGAUCACCAGAAGUUGGAGCGAGAGGCCAGGAUCUGCCGCCUGCUCAAGCAUCCCAACAUUGUGCGGCUCCAUGACAGCAUAUCAGAGGAAGGAUUCCACUAUCUGGUCUUUGACCUAGUUACUGGGGGUGAGCUGUUUGAGGACAUUGUUGCCAGGGAGUACUACAGUGAAGCUGAUGCCAGUCACUGCAUACAACAGAUUCUAGAAAGUGUAAAUCAUUGCCACAUUAAUGGCAUAGUGCACAGGGACCUUAAGCCAGAAAAUUUGCUCUUAGCCAGCAAGUUGAAGGGGGCAGCAGUAAAACUGGCCGAUUUUGGCCUAGCUAUUGAAGUGCAGGGAGACCAGCAGGCAUGGUUUGGUUUUGCCGGUACACCAGGGUACCUGUCCCCAGAGGUGCUGAGGAAAGAUCCAUAUGGGAAGCCAGUGGACAUGUGGGCUUGUGGCGUUAUUCUCUACAUCCUCCUGGUGGGAUAUCCCCCAUUCUGGGAUGAGGACCAGCACAGACUCUACCAGCAGAUUAAAGCUGGAGCUUAUGAUUUCCCUUCUCCUGAGUGGGACACAGUGACUCCAGAGGCCAAAGACCUGAUCAACAAGAUGCUGACCAUCAAUCCAGCCAAGAGAGUGACCGCCACAGAUGCACUCAAACACCCUUGGAUCUGUCAACGCUCCACUGUGGCGUCCAUGAUGCACAGACAGGAGACUGUAGAGUGUCUGAAGAAAUUCAACGCUAGGAGGAAACUCAAGGGUGCUAUCCUGACUACGAUGCUGGCUACUCGCAACUUCUCAGCAGCCAAGAGCCUGCUGAACAAAAAACCGGAUGGUGUCAAAGAGUCCAGUGAGAGUGCCAACACUACCAUCGAGGACGAGGACGUGAGAGCUCGUAAGCAGGAGAUCAUUAAAGUCACUGAGCAGCUGAUCGAAGCCAUAAACAAUGGCGACUUUGAAGCCUACACGAAGAUAUGUGAUCCUGGACUCACGUCCUUUGAGCCUGAAGCCCUGGGAAACUUGGUGGAGGGCACUGACUUCCACCGCUUUUACUUUGAGAAUGCUCUGUCCAAGGGAAAGCAGCCCAUCCACACUAUCCUGCUCAACCCCCACGUCCACCUCAUCGGGGACGAGGCUGCUUGUAUCGCCUAUAUCCGCCUCACCCAGUACAUCGACAGCAACGGCAUGCCUCGCACCAUGCAGUCAGAGGAGACCCGCAUCUGGCAUCGCCGCGACAGCAAGUGGCAGAACAUCCACUUCCACCGCUCCGGCUCACCCACCGUGCCCACCAAUUGAGAGGACCAUAUUUGACUACAAUCAUCCUCCAGCCUACAACAAACCCUGCCUACCAAGUGUCCAUCAGAUCCCUCAGCCAAUCCCUGCCCUCCAUAGCUAGAGCUCCGCCCUCUCAGUGUGUUGUUUACAUAUUGUCACUGCUGGACUGAAGAUUGUUGUACAUUUUAAGAAAACAACAAAACAAGGGGGAAACUUCAAGUCUUGACAAUAUCAUUUUGUAGUGAGAGUGUGUGUUGUUCAUUGGGCAAGGUUUUUUUUUAGGUCAGUAUGUUUUUAAUAGCGGUGGUUUUUUUAGAGGAUGCAGAUGUUCGAGAUGAUUCAUUUUUAAUAGGGUGAUGAAAUAUGUGAAACUUCCAGUCAUCGUGUAGUGACAGAUUUUCAUUUGAAUAUUGCACAUGUUUAGGAGCUGUUGUGAUGUUUUCGCCUUUCGGCAUGAUGACCAAUAUAUCACAUAUCUGCUUUUUACUAAUUUAUCUUUUCAGAGCUGCCAUCUAUUAAUGCUCAGGCAUAAGCUUGCUUUUGUUUGGUUAUGUAUAAGUUUUGGUAAUUGAUGUAAAUGGCUUUUCUCUCUUUGCUUAAUCUUUAGCAGUAUUCAUAUGAACUGAGUUGGCUAAUUUUAUUAAUCUGUUUUCUGGUUUGCCAUUGGCACCCAGUAUGUUUACUAGGAAUUUGAACUACAUGUUUAAAAGGGAAACUCAAUUGAAACGUGUUCUAUUUAGGCUGUUUGGACCUCCAUCAUCACAGGGCAGCAUAUGAAAAAAGUCUCUUAUGAUAGAAUGUAAACUAUAGAUAUACAUAUAAUUCUUAAAGGCCAUUCUGUGACUCUUUGCAGUCAGAUCAUAUUUUCAUACAGUAAGGAACUAAUUAUGUGAAUUUUAUCAGCUAUUUUAUUGUGUUUACUUUUUAUAUUCUAAUAUGGAUAUAAGUGGAUGCCUGUCCCUCCACUUGUCAUUAUCAGUGCUUUCCUUUAAGCCCUUUAAACCUUGAUUGAGUCCCACCUUUAUUCUGUCCAAUUGGUGUACGACAGUGCUUUACAGCACCAUGUUUUACACUGGACAAAGUAGUCAUGACAUUGACACUGACAGGAAAGCUGGAUUCAGCUGAAACCUUUGCUUCUGCAACUUAUUUACCUGUUCAUUUUGCCAUGAGGAAUUUGAUUCUUGACCAAAUCACAAAGCAGUUAAUCACCAUUCUAGUUCUUAUGUUACUCUAUAAUGUUAUUUUAGUGUCACUGAUGAAUUAAAGGGAAAGGGGUUUUUUGGAAUCACUUGCAGCAGAUUCAUAUCUUAAGGUUUGAAUUUUAAAACACUUCAGAAUUAAAAUGACAGUGGGAGAAAAAAAAGAAUAGGGGGGAAUAAUACCAGAAUGAAAGCAUGGGGAAAGGUUUAGACAUAAAGUCACAGGGUGUCCACUGAUGAUUCCAUUUGUGUAAAGGAUAUUGAGAUUUUUGUUUUGUUUUGGGUUUUUGCUUAGAAAAUUGUUUACACUCUUUUGUUUAAUCACAUUUGUCCCACACCACACUUUGUUUUUAUCUUUCUAAGAUGCAUUGAAAUUCCUGAUGGGACUCUGGUAUAUAAUGUUACCAUGAUGAAACAAGCCUGAUGUAUGUUUUAGUAAUAUCAAAUAAAAUUGUGUGAUUUAUGCCAAA